UUUUCGUUUCUCCUUCUUGUCACAAAUAUCAAUGAGAACAGGAAAUUCCCCACAUUUCUCAGAAGACGUGUGUGAUAAACUUAUUUUAUUUAUCCAUUUAUGUCGAUAUGACGACGAGAUGAGAAAUAUUUAACUUCUUACUUACGCGAAUUUAGUGAAAAUACAGCCAAAUAAAUAUGUAUUUUUGUCAUAAAAUAUAUUUAUAUGGAAAAAUAUUGUGCUCAUUAGACCUUUAACUCUAUGACUGAUAACAUGUGCACAAUUUUUUUUACCACAACUGUCCACACACAGAGAAUUAGUAAUAAUAAAAUAUUUGAAAUGAAAUUGAUCUCAUGAUAGAAAUAAUUACUAAAUUCAUUAAACAUCGUGUGAAUUUCUUAAUAAUCAUAUCUCGCAAAAUACUUUAUUGAUCAUGCUUUUUGAGCAAUUUCACUGUCGAUCAUUCACUUGAACGACCCUGUAUUUUAACAACAUUUAUACCAGUGUUGUUUCAAACUUAUAACGCAUAAGCACAAUUCACAUCUGAAUUAAUUCACGUUUCACUGUGUAUGAAUUGCGAAAAGGCAGCUAAAAAAUAUGUGAAAACAUUCGAUAAUCAUAUUCUGAGAAUUCUUUGCUUUUGCCUUCUUUUUUGUAUGUGCGAUAUUCUCUCAACCAGUGUCUCUCUCUUUUGCGCAACGUCUAAUAAACUUUUAGGCACUUCCCAGUCAUUUUCUUCACUUUAUAUCAUUCUCUCUAAAUUAUGAAUUAAUAUAGAGGAGGGAAGAAUAGGAAAAAGAAGACAAGCUCAAUUACCUUCUCAAUCUUUUUAUAUACACAACACACUAAUUUCAUUGCAGACAUCAUAAAGCCAGUGUUUGUAAAUCGCAUUUUUUUUCUAAAUAUACAUAUACCCGCCAAUAUAUUAAAUAGCAAUCAGGUUUUUUUUCCUUCUCUUGUUGUGCUUUCGGAAAUACAAUAAAAAAAACAGGACAGAGACAAAUUAGACAAAUAAUACAGUUGGAAAACAGUCACCAAGAAGGUGUUGACAAUGUGUCAUCGUGAGUGAAUAAGAGAAAAGAAGUAUUCAGCACAAUGAAGUGGAUAAGUGUCUUGGCAGUGAUCGUGCUAAUCGCGAGAUCAGACAAUGGUGUUCUCGCUGGCAAGGGAGCCACAGUGAUCGAUACACUGCGCGAUUACUACCUCUCAAUCGAGGAUCACUCAUGGAAAAUUGUCAAUCGUGGCGCUGGAAUUCACCAUCCGGACAAAAUACUGAAACCCGUGUACAAAAUGCACAAAAUAUUUGCCAUUGAUAACAUCACACAUGACAUGGAGGAUUACGAAUUGACAACACUUGAUCGGAUUUAUGAGUGGAAACUACUCGAAACAGAUCUCAUGACGGUCAAUAAUCUCUUUGAGGUCUUUCGUCAGGAACUAGAGAAACCCCUCCAAAAUAUGGAUCAUUUUGAUGAAUUGUCAGCAAUUGAUUUCACAGACACUGUCUUUGAAGACAAACACUGGCCAAUUCCGGAGACAUUUGAUAAAAUUGAGAACAUCAUGGUUAAUCAGGGAUUGUAUUACAAAGCCAUGGUGGAAGUGAAAGAUCAAGUGUGCUCAAGUCAAAAGGCAGCCCAACAAGUGAUCUAUCAAAUGUACAAUGCCGUGUCGCUGACAGAACUCAAGGGUUAUGCAAUGAUGCAAUUCUGUUGGAUGCUCUUGAAGACCUUCGGCAAAGGAAAUUACACACAAGAGCCACAAUUGAUGCGUCAACGCUUCGAGAAUCGCACCGAGAAGACACAGGAGCUGGUACAGCGUGUCUUGGAGCGUGCAGAUCGUGAGGUGUGGCGCUGCGAUCCAGAUGUACACAUUGAGGGUGAAACAUAUGAGCAAUUUACACGACUCCUGCAAGGCUACGUGGAGAAUGAAGUGGACAUGAACACCGAUGGGACGUGCAAGGAAAACUGUGCCGCUUACACAUUCAGCGAGAGUCACGGUUGCUUCAAAGAUCUCUACUGUGCACAGCAGCCACAGUGCAAAGGACGCAUUCUCAAUUGCACUUAUGUGGACUCUGACAUGUGGAUCUGUCCAUCGAAACUCCACACUAAUCGCCGAUACGAGUACAUUCGCUAUGAAAAUGGACGAGUGUUGGGUGAAGAGAGCACGUGCGCACGUGGAACAACAAAGGUCGACUCGUGGUGGCGUUGGCUCUUCUGGCACUGCAGCUAUUGCUUCUGCCUAUGCGACGAGCAGGGCUACAAGUCUGACAGAUACUUUAAUCUGAGGGACACAGUGUCUGACAUCGAGGAGAACAAGGUUGUCGUUGGGAUUCGCUUCCGGAAGAUCAACCGAAUCAUGCAUCUUCAGAUCCAACAGGGUGUAUUACUUUCCCGCGGAAUGAUCAAUGGAUCAACGGUGAACUGGAAACCCAUCAAUAGUUAUCGCUUGCUGGACAGUGGACUCAAGAAUGGCGUCGAUUAUCACACAAUGGAGUGGAAUAGGCGCGCUAUUGAUCUUGAUGAUCUCUUAGCCAAUCCCGGUCACGUCGUAACUGGAGUUAGAUUCCGCAUAUUUGGUGCUAGAAUCAAUCUCGAGAUUCGCGUGCAUGAAUUCAACUUUGAAACUGGCAAAUUGGAUCAAGUUGGCAAUUGGAUAUCUAAUGACAAUACAGAAGUUGGACACGGCGCUAAUAAAAGGACUCAAAUCUUCCUGCGAAAUCCCAACAUUCCAACAAGAUCCAAAGCCCGUUCACAGCUAGACUCAAAGCCUAAUCAAUUCAUUGAAUUUACCAACACUGACAUGGAUGCCGAUGCAGCGCAGACAACUGUGCCAUUCUUGGAUGCCCAAGAUGUGGUCUCAUCGCCACCAGUGCCACUUUCCGGCAUCGGUAUUUAUCACAAAGGAUUGCCACUCUUUGGCGGUUACGUGGCGCCGAAGAUAAUUGUGUACAACAUGGCGCAACACGUUUACACACCGAAACCCGGACAAGAGGAUCUCUGGGACACGUACGGAUAGGCAAAGAUAUUGAUUUUCAACCAUGUAUUUAAGCAAUAUACGAAUAAGAGAGAUUUUAUAUGCAACCUUUAUCAACAAUAUCACCUGCCAAAUGAAGAUGAUUACAGCCAAUUCAAGUAAGUGGGUGUCACACUUUUAGUAUAAAAAACCACAGAAGAAAUCACAAGAAUAACAUUCCCACGUAUGAAUUUUUUUGUGCUGAAACAUUGUACGAAAACAUCAGCAUAAAAUGAGGUGUAAACAAUAAAGUUCAGAUUCUGUCAUGUAAAAAUGGUAUUUUAGGCAACAACCUCAAUGUGAAUUGUGAAGAAAACGAUUAAUAAGUGUAAUUCACUGAAUACAACUAACAGUGAAGAAUAUAGGAAUUGUAUUUACAAUAAAUUAAACAACAUGA